AUGCCUAAAUCUUUCCUGGUAAAGCGGCGAGUCUCGACGCGACUGGCAUCCCGAGAUUGGGGGGAGCUCUCUGACCAACUCCGCGGAGACAUGUACAUCCCAGAAGGCAGCUUGGCUCAAACCCUGGCAGACCCCAGGAUCCUCGCAGACAGCUCCGGCAGGAGUCCUGCAGCCCAGUUCCAGUGCUGUGUGUGCAGCAAGGGCUUCCCUCUGCAGCGCAUGCUGAAGCGCCACCUCAAGUGCCACAGCUCGGUCAAGAAGCAUGUCUGCAGGUACUGCGGCAAGGGCUUCAACGACACCUUCGACCUCAAGAGGCACCUGAGGACGCACACAGGCAUCCGCCCAUACCGCUGCUGCGUCUGUGACAAAGCCUUCACCCAGCGCUGCUCCCUAGAGUCGCACCUCAAGAAAAUCCACAGCAUCCAGCAACGAUACGCUUACCGCGAGCGCCGCUCCAAGCUCUUUGUGUGUGAGGAGUGUGGCUUCACCUGCAGUGGGAGUGAGGAGUACUACAGCCACGUCCGCCGCCUGCACCCCAGCCACGGGCUUCUGGCCAGAGGUUUCCAGAAGGUGGCGCCAGCCGACCUCCACCCCAAGUUCCACAUCCUCUACCCUUCCGCAUACUGA